ACCGUCGUGCUUGUUGUGCUGUGGCCCCUUCUUCCAAUGGAGGCUCAAGAAGUCUGUCGACUUUUGGAGCACAGAAAUUCUGGCCGGGAAGCAAUGCAAUGCGUGGGGGCACAGGGAAUGCGUUGACAUUGAGAGGGCUGUCAGGUGUUAAAUCUCCCCAUGUCAUCUGCACACUGUCCUUCCACACAAGUGCCCCAGCCUCCAACAAACAGGACUUCUUCACGGUUUUGGAGGUACCACGCAGUGCCACACAGAAAGAGAUCAAGAAAGCGUAUUAUCAGAUGGCUAAGAAGUAUCACCCUGACACCAACAAGGAAGACCCUAAGGCCAAGGAGAAAUUUGCUCAGCUGGCUGAAGCUUAUGAGGUGCUGAGUGACGGGAAGAGGAAGCAGUAUGACACGUACGGGGUGGCAGGGUUCGACGCCAGCCAGGCGGGCGGUGGUGGACACCACCAGUACUGGAGCGGACAGGCUAACAGCGUGGACCCAGAGGAACUGUUUCGCAAGAUCUUUGGGGAGUUCUCUGGAAGCCGUGGCUUCGGCGACUUCAAUGCCGUAUUUGAUCAGCCCCAGGAGUUUAUCAUGGAGCUGACGUUCACCCAAGCUGCCAAGGGGGUCAACAAAGAGAUGGCGUUCAACACUGAGGCCAGCUGCCAGCGAUGUGAUGGUAAAGGGAGCGAGCCUGGCACCAAGGUUGUGCACUGCCACUACUGCAACGGCUCCGGCAUGGAGACGGUGAACACGGGCCCCUUUGUGAUGCGGUCGACAUGCCGUCGGUGUAAUGGGAAAGGCACUGUGAUCUCCACCCCAUGUAACUCCUGUCACGGGACCGGACAGACCAGACAGAAAAAGACAGUAAUGGUCCCUGUCCCAGCAGGUGUUGAGGACGGUCAGACGGUCAGGAUGCCUGUGGGGAAGGAGGUGUUCAUCACGUUUCGGGUCCAGAAGAGCCCAGUGUUCAGACGGGACGGCGCAGACAUCCACUCUGACGUGCUGAUCUCUGUGGCUCAGGCUGUACUGGGGGGCACGGCCCGGGCACAGGGCCUCUACGAGACAGUCAACCUCUCGAUCCCUGCUGGGAUCCAAACAGACCAGAGGAUCCUCCUCUCUGGGAAGGGCAUCGCACGGAUCAGUGGCUAUGGUUACGGAGAUCACUACGUCCACGUCAAAGUCCGAGUCCCCAAGAUCCUGACAGACAGACAGAAAGCUCUGCUCAUGAGCUACGCAGAGGAUGAGACUGAAGUGGAGGGGACAGUCAAUGGUGUCACAAGCACCACUGCAGGUAAAAGGUCCACUGGGAACUGAGGCGAGUGUCCGAGGGUAGAGAGAUGAUGCCCUAAGAAGACAGCCGCAAGGAGAGACCAGAUAUGGGGACAGGUGGUGGGAGAGUGUUGGAGGGAUGAUGUCUACUGUAUCCUACUCUGGCACUGGACAAGACCGGUUACCCCAGAUCUACCUUCACAGAUCUCCUUUCAUCCUUGAUCAGUUCCAUAGCAGUGGAAGACAAUGGACUGAAACAGACUCGAACAGAAUGUGGUCCUAACUCAUACCUGCUGCCUAAAACCCAAAUCCAAGAGGAAAUAUGCUCUGGAACUACCAGGAAGUGACUGCCCCUUAGGGUUAGGGUUAGCGCAGUCACUCAAAGUAUGGUCUGUCUGCUGUCUUUGAGGAAUACACUGUUGCCAGUGAUGGCUAAAAACAUGGAUAUACAAAACAUUAAACAUUAGACACCUCUAUAAUAUUGAGUUGCACCCCCCUUUUUCCCUCAGAACAGCCUCAAUUCAUCAGGGAAUGGACUCUACAAUGUGUCAUGCGUUCCACAGGGAUGCUGGUCCAUGUUGACUCCAAUGCUUCCCACAGCUGUGUCAAGUUGGCUGGAUGUCCUUUGGGUGGUGGACCAUUCAUUCUUGAUACACACAGGAAACUGUGGAAAAACCCAGCAACACUGCAGUUUGACACUCAAACUAGUGCGCCUGAUACCUACUAUCAUACCCUGUUCAAAGGCAUUUCAAUCUUUUGUCUUGCCCAUUCACUCUGAAUGGACACAGACACAAUACAAGUCUGAUCUCAAAGCUUAAACUUCCUUCUUUAACCUGUCUCCUCCCCUUCAUCUACACUGAUUGAAGUAAAUUGAAGUGUCAUUAAGGGAUCAUAGCUUUCACCUGGUCAGUCUGUCAUGGAAAGAAGUUAUUCCUAAUGGUUUGUACACUUAGGGUAUAAGAAUAGAAAAUCCAUUUAAUUUAAAAAGUCUGUGCUGCAAUAAGGAGCUUUGUUUUGGUUGAGAUCCUGAUUUCUUAGUGUGUAAUAAGUUCUGUAAAGUUAACUCUGCUUCCUAUCUAGCUAGCCACUGCAAUGAGUUGUACCAACCUAGUAACAGCAUUCGUGCUGUCAAACAGCUAUGGUGAGAUAGAGGAAGUUGUCUGGCUGAUAUACCUUUGUUACAUUAAAAAAAGUCAUGUGUGUGGAGAUGCAUUUGGGUCUAAGAACCCAGUCAUCCAGGAUGGGCAUGACUCAAACCAGUUGGAUCAGAUGUGGCUGGACCUCUUCCCUCAUCAACCCCUUCUCUCUCGAUGAAUCUGAGAAUUCACUCAAAGCAGCACACUUUCAUGUACCUCCAUUCUGCCUCGUUAUAUUUGUAAAUACAGAGCUGUUAAUAAUGACUGAUAUGAUUUGAUCUUUGAUUAUGAAUUUGAUUGUAUACAUGUUAUUUGUUUCCUUUG